CUGCCACUCUCCUAUGGUCACGUAUCAUAUUCUUUCAUUACCACCCAUCACCCAUCCCUGUCGUACGCCCACGCCAACAUGCAAGCCAUCGGCGACGCCUCUCCACACACUCCCGAGUCAGUCGCUUCCUGGAUCAGGUCAUUCCCCUUGGACCCUCUCGAAUACGAGAUCGAAACGACCGGCAAGAGCACACGAAGGACCACCUCCGGAACCUACCGCAUAUGGGCAGACCUCGACGAGAAAGGUAUCAGAGUUGUCUAUGACCCAACCCUGAACGGAAGAAUCUCUGCAUCUCUCAGAUCUCAGGAGCUGUCGCUGAGGAAUGGAGUCACUCGCUUCAUGAAACUGCAUCUGGAAGUGGCACGGCAUAGAGCUCGAAGACGCACUGUUCGUGCCGAGAUUCAUCUACGUGGUGUCAUGUGGACCUUAUUCGAGCUCUCUACCGACGCCAUCAAUGCCGGGCUUCCCAGCCACCUCCAUGACAAGUGGGAGCAGUGCUCAGACGAGGGGAACAGCUGCUCUGAUUGGGUCUUCAUGCACAACGGUAUAGCCCUUGCUCUCAUCAAGGUCAAGCUGUGCACCGAUCUAACGACAUCUGGCGAAGACCCGGUGCCUCCGACCAAUGACCGUGACCACCUAUCAGCAGAAAAGGUUGGAAUGGAACUUUGUCCGAAGCCGCAAGGUGAUACAGCUGGGAGGGGAGGGGCCCAAAGCGACCUAAGUCACAGCGACCAGUCCCAGGCCGAUAAGAGGGAGGUUUCAGACAGUCAUAAAGCGCCUGACAACAAGGACGAGCUGGAUGAGGAAAUCUCCGUGCAUCCGCCGCUGAAGUUGGAGCGACUGUUGAUGGCGUGCAGGCAGGAAGGGGGCUUGAAGCUCAUCCUGGCCAGUAGGACAGGAGAAGAUGGUAAAGUCCGGCCCGCCUUGCGCAUUGUGGAACAAGACGGGACUAUCGUGCCGGAAAUGAUGUACUGGGCAAUGGGAUUGUCCGAGCUCUGGGAAUACCUUGACCGCUACAACCUCGACCUCGUCAUACUCACCUCCUACGAAGUUUGGAUCCCUUUUGAGCGCGAUCCCGAAAUUAAGAACCUGCUUCGUGUGGGUGACCCAAUCUAUAGGACGGCGCCCGAAACUGCGCCCGAGCCCGGCAAGAUGUCGCCUAUGGAGCUUGCGGUGGCUUCCGUGAUUGAGAGGGAACGCGCACCCCCACUCGGCUAUACAUUCCCACCUCUACCUGUCUGCUGGCCUUUGUCCAAAGCUUUGGGGAAUGAUUCAACAAAGAAUGACCAGAACGAGAGCGGGGCAGGGGCUUCGAGAUUGAGGGGCACGAGUAGUGUUCCUACAAAGCGUGGAUACGACCAAGUUGAUGGCACUGGCGGCGCUGCAAGUGACAAUGCUAUUGCUGGAGACGCAAACAUCCCGAAGGAUCAACCUGUUCCCGUCACUCUGCAGGUUUCUGUGCCCAGCCACCGCUCCCCCGACGCUCUUCACGUCUUUAAGCAAGGCAACUUGAAUGAUGGCUACAUCACCAGUCGCCUUUCCCCCUCCGUCAUUGCAUCCUACGACAACAGCAUCCACUCGGGACUGCCUACUUCCGAGCUUAAAGCCGACCUCGCCCUCGGCAGCUAUAUCAGCUCUGGGCGUCUGUGGGACGUCUACCACGCCGUCCUCACCGUCGAAGGCCGUGGGAGCAAGGAGCUCGUCGCCAAGGUCAUGUGCCCGGAUACCUAUGAUGAUGAUGAUGAGUACUACAAGGGGUUCUUCGAAGACUCCGAAGAGGCAGUGGCUGCCUAUCGUCUCGAGGCGGCGCUGUACAUUGGCCCUCUCGCAAGCGUACAAGGAGGGGCUGUCCCCGCAGUGUAUGGCUCGUUCAGUGGUGCAAUGUGUCUCGGGAUUGUCUCUGGGGGCUACCCAUUGCACAUCGAAUUGAUGGAGGCUACCCAUUGCACAUCGAAUUGAUGGAGGAUGUUGGGAGUCCAGCCGCCGGAGAGGGUAAGCUGCAGGAUCUGCCUGUGCAGGAUAGGCAGGCUAUCCUAGACCUCUACCGUCAAAUUCAUGCGGUGCGCGUUCUUCACCGUGAUAUAGAGCCACGCCACAUUCUCCGACGCGCCGACGGCCGCUUUGCCCUCAUCGACUUUGACUCCUCUCGCUCGGUGGAGGAAGGUCUCAAGGGCGACCGAAGGCUCGCGUCUGAAAAGCGCGGGGUAGCGGCUAUGCUUGGGUUGAAAAAGCGUGCUGCGGGAAAGGCAUAAUCUCUUGCCGGAAGAUUGACCGCGGUGGUGGAACGGCGGAGCCGAUGACGAUGCAUGACUUUCCAUGUUGGGACAGAAUUACGGCUUACUUUCCAGUUCCACAACGCAUCACUCAACAUGCCGGUGACCAUAAGGGCCCUAGAUGACAUACAGGAGGGCGACUGGUGGAAAGGAACUACUAUAAAUGAAGAUCGGACCAGAUAUGAUGAUGUACUGCAG